UUUGUUCGACAGACCAAUCCUAUCGACAAUUUCUGAUAUGAACAGCCGUACCGCACUGAAAAAUGUGUUUCGAGCUUUCGACGGUAGGAAAAUUCUGUGUUUAUUCAUCCUUGAAGUUCAGCCCAUUCGGAAGAUAAUAACCAUUCAAAAAUCCAUUGGACCACUAUAUGCUCCCAUGUUUGCGCAACCUGCAUCUGUAUACUGGUGAGGCGCCGUACAUUAACUCCUUCGGGUCGUUCUAUUCUCCCACCAUUAUAGUCGCGGUAUUCCAGUGCAUCGGGAUAGGAAACUUCAUGGCCCCAAUCCUGUUCAGAAGGAUAUUUUAUUUUCAGACCUUGAGCUAAGAUCUGUGUCGACAGUACUUCUAUUGUGAUGACGAGAAUUCAUUGAAUCGCUGAAACGCAAAGUACUCCUUGUCCCGCUGAUCGAAGGGUGGGGAAAGAGUUAUCUCACCUCGUGAAAAUAGUGAAGGAUUAGUGCAGUAUUAAUUUAGAUCGAGGGAAGUUUCCUUGUUGAUCACGUGACCAGAGAUUUCACAGUGCGAAAUUACGUCACUUGGUGUAGGAUUCAAAGCUUUACUGUCACCUUUACUUGAAAUAUGGUUCUUGAAAGCACUGUUAUUUGCGUGGACAACAGCGACUUCAUGCGUAAUGGCGACUUCUCCCCCUCCCGUCUUCAAGCUCAACAAGAUGCCGUGAACUUACUCUGCAAUGCAAAAACGCGUUCUAAUCCUGAAAACAACGUCGCCCUCGUAACACUGGCGAAUAGUUCAGAAGUGCUAACGACGUUGACGACAGAUGUGGGGAAAGUAAUGGCGAAGCUUCAGCAAGUGCAGCCGAAAGGGGAAGUCAAUUUUUUGACGGGUGUCCGUAUAGCGCACCUCGCAUUGCGGCAUCGACAAGGCCGUAAUCAUCGUAUGCGCAUUAUCGUGUUUGUUGGCAGUCCGCUGAAAGUCACGCCUCCAGAAUUGUCGCAGUUGGCCAAAAAACUGAAGAAAGAGAAAGUGAACGUGGAUAUUGUCAACUUUGGUGAAGAGACUGUUGCUUCUUCUUCGCAGCAAGACGAUAACAGCGACCUAUUGCAGGCAUUCAUCGAAGAGCUGCGAGGAAAAGAUGGGAGUGGCAGUCAUCUUGCCACUCUGGUCGGUGGCUGCGAUCUAGUGGACAGUUUAGCCCGCUCGGCCAUCGUCAAGGGCGAAGAUGGAUCUGGGGCGUCUGCUGCUGCUGCUGCUGGUGGCAGCUCUGGCGGCGGAUUCGAGUUCGGCGUGGAUCCCAACGAGGACCCGGAACUGGCCAUGGCGCUGCGAGUGUCGAUGGAGGAACAGCGCCAACGGCAGGAAAGGGAAGCACGUGCUGCUGCAGCAGCUGCACCUACGACGGCGCCGGUUCCGGGCGAGAGCCGCCCUGCGAAUACGAGUGAGUCUUGGAUGCUGAUGCGAGUCGGUUGUGGAAUGAUGGGUUUAAAACGUGUGAUUUUACUUAAUUAUGUCUUUUUUUCAGCCGAAGAAGAGAACAUGCUGGUGCAGGCCAUUACUGGUGCAGCUAGCUUGGAUUCCCAUCCCGCAGCUAGCGGAUCUAGCGGCUCUGUUGGAAUCCCCGAUUUUGGGAGCAUGUCCGAGGAAGACCAAUUGGCGUAUGCGAUCCAGGUUUCAAUGCAAGAAGCUCAGGAGGAGAACAAGAGCAAGAAGAAAACUAAAGAAGACGAUGCCACCCCUGGGAAGAAGCCGGACGAGAAAGAAAAACGGAAGGGCGGAGGCGAGGAUCAGGUUAUGGAAGUGGACACCGAGGAGGACUUGUCAGCUGUUGUACAGGACGCGGAAUUCCUUGAGAGCGUCCUUGGAACGCUGCCCGGAGUCAACGUCCAGAGCGAUGCGGUCCAAUCAGUGGUUGGCGAACUGGCUGGUCGCAGCCAGGAACGCAAACCCAGCGAGGGUGAAGAGGGGAAGAAGACUGAAAAGAAAUGAGUGUUCCUCAUUCCUUCGGUGCCCUGUCUCGUCUUAAUCGGUUAUGCGUCUCUCAUCUCGAAUGUAUAAUUAAAAUAAAGUCGAUGGGAUUCUUUUCGUCUGUA